AUGCCUGAUUUAUCUGUCGAAGGCUACAAAAUUUGCCAAGCAGAAAACUUUUUUGAUAGAAAUCAUGUUUUAGUUGCAAUAUCAUCCCUUGCUCGCUUUCACGCCGCAUUUUGUAAUUAUGUGACUAAUAAGAGCGAGAAAACACCAUAUAACUUUCUAGAUGAAUAUGGUGAUGUAAUUACUGAACCAACUUUUGUGGAAUCCCCAUGGCUUAAAGCUGGAGCGCGUGUGGUCUAUAACCUCCUUAAGGAAUUUUCACCUAAAUGGAAGAAAUACCCUAGGGAUUUGAGUGAAAAACUUGAAAAACUGUGUAUAGAAGCUUGCAAUACACUUCAAGUGUAUGAAGAGACUGUAAAUGUAGUGAUUCAUAAGGAUUUAUGGGCGAAUAAUAUUAUGUUCAAAUAUUCUGAAGAAAUUCCUAUAAAUGCUAUUUUAAUAGAUUUCCAAUGCUUGCAAUACGCGCCGCCUGCUUUUGACGUCAUGAUAUUUCUCUACCUCACUACAUGUAGAUCAUUUAGAGAUUCUCACGAACUUGAAGUUUUAGAUCAUUAUUACAAAGUGUUUUGUGCAAAUUUGGAUGAGCCUACAUCACUUAGAUUGAAAGAGUAUACUCGACCAGACUUUUUACGUUGGUGUGAAAAGGCCAGGCUAUUUUCAUUAGUUGUUGCUGCUCUCAUUGGUCCUUACGUGGCAAUGGAGCCGACAGCUGCCCAAAAGCAUUUUGAUAACCCCGAUACGUACGCAGAGUAUUUAUACGACCGGUGGUAUCCUGUGAUAUCACAUGCUAGGGAAAAUAGGAUCUACAUGAAACGAAAUGUUGCUUUGGGUGAAGAGAUAGUGGAAAAAUAUAUAUUGAAGCAAUAUUUG